AUGGGGCAGGCUGUACACCAGUUCAAGGCUCUGUUUUGGAAGAAUUGGCUCUGUCGUGUGAGGCAACCGGUCCUGUCUCUCACUGAAAUACUCUGGCCAUGUGUGCUGUUCUUGAUUCUAGCUGCAAUCCGCUUCCAGGAACCCCCAAAAUACAAAGAAAACUGUUACUUAGAAGCUCGGGAUCUGCCAAGCCAGGGCCUUUAUCCUUUCAUGCGGACCCUUUUCUGUAAUGUUGGUUCAAGAUGCAAGAAUACUAGUUACACAAACCAAAAAACCAGCCGCUUACGUACUUCAGAAAUCCAAAAUGGUCCAGAGAGCUUCACAGAACCUGAUCUAGACUUCAUGAAAGAGAUAGAAGAGCUUGCAAAGGGAUUUAUUGAGACCACAGAGAAAACCCUGGCUUUAGAAAAGCUAUGGGAGCAAAACUCGAAGUUCUCAGAAAACCAGCACACCAAAAACAUGCUUUUGUUUUACUACUUGAUGGUUAAAAAGAGUUUAAAGAUGGAUUUGAAUGAAGUGGAGGAAAUUAUUUCUAAAGCAGAAAACCUGUACAAGCAACCGUAUUUCUGGAACCUUCUGCAUUCCCUCCCUCACCUUGAAUCAAACAGCUUUUAUACAGAAGAUGGAUUAGCUGCUCUAGCAGAGUUUCUGAAAGUUAUUCAAAAUUUCAGUACCUUGGCAUCAUUGAAGGAUAUAGCUGUUACACCACUGAGCAAAAGUUUCUAUGAAGUGGUGAAAACAGCAUUGAAUUUAACUGCUUCAUCAGUACAGGCUGGAAGCUUAGAAGGUUUUCAGUAUAAUCUUUCUCUUGGAGAUGUUUUGUGGAAUCCACAUGCUGUGAGAGCAGAACUUGAAUCCAGGUUUGGUUUUGAUGCUCUUCGUGUUGAGAAGCUGCUAACUUACACAGCACAAUUAACAAAGAUUCCCACAGGAGAGACACUGGAGCAGUUUGUGUGCUCUGCUCUGUCCAGUGAGCCAGAAGGUGAAGCAAACAAAGAGAAUAAUGAAGAAGGCUGUAUUUCUGCAUUGCAUGAGGCCAAACUGUAUCUUGUUCAUGCUGUCAGCAAGCUCAGGCUCUAUGCACAGGUAUUUGAGCAAUGGCUCAGCAGCAGCAAGCUCUCUCAGAAGCUCCUUUUGCACCUCGAAAAAAUCAUAGCUGAUUUAAUGUCUCAGUUUCUAGAUGACAGAGAAACCGGGAAACUUUUUUCAGACAUAAAUACCCUUGUCCAGCAAUGGAAUGAGAAAUCAGAUGCCUAUUUUUCAGAAGGAUAUAAUGCAUCUCAUGAUCUGGUUUCAGGUUCCUCAUUUGUCUUAUCACUUAAUGCAGAUGUCAGCAGUUUAUAUGAAGAUAUGUCUAUGAGUUCUUUUUUGAAGAGAGAAGAAAACUUAUGGAUUUCUGGUGAAAAGCAAAUAGAUCAUCUUUUUCAUAUUGUAGACGUCAUAGAAGAAAUUCUGUUUGAUUUCUCAGCUUCUCCAAACAAGUCUCUAACUGAAAGGAUCUUGAAUAAUACAAUUAUAUGGAUGAAAAAAAUUGCUGAAGGGAAGCAAUCUGCCACCAAUUUCUCAUUUGCAGCUUCUGAACUCCAUCAUGAGCUAAGAGAAAAUGUCCAGCCUCUUCAGAGAUUCUGGAUGAAGAAGAAGACCGAAGUUUUCUGGCAUAUAGUGAAAAUUAUAUUCUAUGAACUUGAUUCUAGCCUUUCUCAUUUGAGUAAAGAGGAAGAGGAGGAGGCAUUAGAGGCUUUAUCUAAAAUUAUAUUUUCCAUUACAGAAAAUAAAAUCCUUAAUAGAAGUGUGCAGUUGCUCCAAAAUAUCCUGACUGAUAGGCCAGAGUUCAAUACUGCUGCUUUGGACCGUCUAAAACACUUAAGUGAAAACUUUCUAAGGAGUCUCUAUGAGGUCAGAUCACUGACUGAUGAUCCUGUCAAUGUGCCUUUCAGGACAAUUCAUGGAGAGAGUAAUGCCUCCUCUUUUUUACUUGCAAAUGCAACUUUUAUACACAAAGUACAAGAAUUAGGAGAAAUUGUCCAUGAUUUCUUCAAAAACAUCCAACAGUUAAACAAUACUAAUGUCGCCUCACUUGUUUCAAUACUUUUCUCUCUGUAUCAGAAUGAUGAUCUGUUUUUAAAUAUUGAGAGCAAUAGCACUCUGUUAACAUUUCUUUAUGAGACUUCAAAAGAUAUUUCAUCUUCCCAAGUAUGGCAUGAUUUCCAAGAUAGGAACCAAGUUUUUGAUUUUCUGUCUGAAACUUUUGAUCUUCUCUGGAACUUCACCAGUGAGUCUCUCUGCGAAAAGUUACUCAUCAUUUACAACUACACAGAGUUUCAGGCCCAGUCUCUUGCUCAGAAAGGCAAAAAAGAAAUGCAAGUUAUCUAUAGCACUCUGAGCAGCCUUAAAACUUUGUUUAUAGAUGAAGACCUCCAAACAGAAGCCUUCUGUUACUUGGAACAGUUUCUUGAUAUCUCCUCAGAAUGCCUGGUAAAUAAGGGGUGUGUUGAUUUUUAUCUAUCAAACAGUACUUCUGUAGAUAAUUCAGCAGAAGUUUACAACCUACUUCUGCUUCCAUUGGACAGUGUUCUGUCUAAUGUUAUGAUCUUAGGGAACAAAGUAAGCGUGCCUUCUGCUUUGCACUGCACUUUUAUGUGGCUUCAAACCUGGACAGAGAUUUUUGAAGAAGCAUCCAAAAUCUUAAAUUUGAAUUCAACCUUUUUUGUCUGUCUAAGAAAUGAUUUGGACAAUCUCUCUGAAAGUCUUUUAAAUACAACUCAUUAUGAACUGUGCAAUAAUACAGCUAUGGUUGUUGUCGAAGCUACAACAGCAGCAAUGAAUCUAUUAAAAAUCAUAAUUGAAGGAGGUGGAGAUUUGAAUGACUGGAAAGAUUUUGAAUCUUUCCUUGCUAAUCUUCAGAGUGUAUUUAACAAUUCAGUUGAUGUCACAAGCUCACUUGAAGGUAACAGUUUAGAAAAUGGUUUAGAAAUAAUGGCAGUCAUGAUAACUGAAUUGCAGAAAUCUGUGCUGGAGGUUGUUAAUGGAGAGUUCUUGAAUUCUUGGCUUGAUACUUUAAUCUCAGGAGGAUCCGAGGGAGAAAGUAGGGAUGCUGGUGUAUUUUCCAUGGGAAAUUCCCUUUCUACUAUUCUCAAACUCUCCCAAAAGGAACUUGGAAUUACUAUCUCUGAGAUAAAAGAUGUAACUGCUUUCUUUAAAAGUGUACGUCAAGACAAAUACAUGGUUUGUAUCAGCAUUUUCCAGAAUAUUACCAGACUGAUUUUGGAUGAGACUCUGAAAAACUUGAGUCAUUCGCAAACAAAUUUCUCAUCAUACCUUAAUUCCUUUCUAAACUUUUAUAGUACAGUGGAUGAAGCAGAGGAUUGUAACAGAUGGAUAUAUGGAUUAGGUAAAAUCAGUGAAAAAUACAAGUCACCUUCCCACCUUGAAAGUGCAAAACGUACUUUAUUUCUACUGAAAUCUCUGGGAAAUAUUGAGACAGAUGCUAAACUAAUGAAUGUGGUGGAGUUUGUUAAUUUCAUUUUUAGUUUGGUACUCCCUGAAUGUUCCCUUAGUGGUUCUAGUGUGAUUUGUGUAAAUGUUUAUUUCAAUAUUAUAACAGAAAUUGUAAAAUCUAUUCUCCCUGAACUUUAUGUAAAAGAUGACAUUAAUGCACUUGAAUUUAUUUUUAUACUUUUAAAUAACACUGCAGGGCAAAUAGAAAUGGUUGUCAACGAUUUAGUGAGCGAUUCACACUAUACAUUAAAUAAGACCCAUUUUAGUCAGUCAAUCCACGGAUUUAACAAGACUGCAAGGAUGUUACUUAAUCCUCUUCACCGUCUUCAGGUUUCAUCAGUAGAACUUUUAGUAGAAAUUCAAAGUCUUCUGAAAAAUAAAACUUUUGAUGUCCAAGAAAACAGCUUCUCUCAUUUAGAUACUGAGAUUGAACCUUUCUUGCAUGCUAAAAAUACCAGUUUGCUGAUGGAGUUCUUUCAAUAUGUGAUUGGUAAACUUGACACAGACUUGCAGGGUGAACACAAAACAUUUAUCCAGAAACUGAUAGAAACAACAGCUCUGAAUAUUGAAUUGGUAAGGAAGGCAUUAAACAUUUUCAAGUCUUCUAGUUUAACUGGCUUUCCAUUAAGAGAAGAUAAAGAGUUUCUAAAACAUAUGCUAGCUCUGGUGCACAAUAUGAGGGACAUGGAUGUUGAGUUCUUGGUAAGUCAAUUCAAACAAGUCCACAGGACCCUAGAUAAUUUCUUUAAAAAUAACAAACCUUUGUAUAAUGAGAACUCUGAGUUAGGAAUGUUAAUAGACUGGUGGGAUGCAUUUGAGAAUAAUUCAUGUAAUUGGAACCUGACUGGCUUACGACAAAUAACACAACUCUUUGGACAAGAUGAGUUCUACAAUGUAGAAGAGAUAUUCCAUCUCCUCCUCGAUGUCAUCAGCCUUGCAGAAAGAAUAGCUCACAGAAAUAUCACGGAAGCACUGACUGAAGUCUACGCUUUCAUAUUGUCUCAGGAAGAAAAAAUGACAAUAUUUUCCGAGGAGGAGUUUGCUAAUCAAGGAGAAAGUCUUCUAAUGUUACUGGAGAUACUUGCAGAUAUAUCUGAUGAACCUGCAGAGGCCUCAGUUUGUUUUUCUGCAGCAUUCUGCUGGACUCUCACAACAGCAACACCUCAGAGUGGCUCUGCUUUUGAACUUUGUGACUAUGUGCAUAGCAAUUCUACUCUUACUUACAGUGAAGUCAUCAAAGUCAUUAAGGAGCUGAAACUCAUCACUCUGGAUGACAGUGCUUCAUGCAUGACUGAAGACUUUCAGACAGAUAUAAUUCACAAUCUGACCUGCUUUUUUCAUCAGAUCAAAGAAUGGAACUCCAUUCUUUUGAAGUUUUCUGACCUCCAUCACAUAAAUGGCUCAGUUCUCAAAGAGCUUCUGGAUUUUUGGAAUGAGCUAUUCCUCUAUGCUGUGCCACUGCAGGUGAAUAAUACAUACGUAACCAACAAUUGUUCCUCCUCACCGAAGAGACAAGUGGCUUUACAAAUUGUAGAAACACUGGGCAGUAUGCCAGUGGCAGAAAUGGAGAUGGCCAAAGCUGUUCUUGAGCAGCUGAACGAUCUAUAUAGUAGUUUAAAUUGGAACAGACAUUCAGAGUCAUCAUUUACACGGACUGUUCUUGCUAAUGUUAACAAUAUGACCAGGGAAGUUUCCAGAAUCCUGGAUACAGAAGCUGUCCUUUCUUUUCUUUCUGUAAUUCAGCCUUUAAUGACUCUCUCUUCUGUUGGAAACCAGACAUACUCGAUGCUUACAAUUUUAUCAUCUUUAAAUGAAAACAGUAAUAUUUCUGAUAACUUUGAGAACUUCUGGUUUCCUAUAGAUACAAACAUUGAAGAUUUAUUGGUGAAUUUUAGUGUUAGACACUUACUUGCGGUGAUAGACCAAGAGUUUCAAUUACUAAGAUUUGCCACUGGACAGUCCUCUUCAAUGGCUCUCGAUGUUUUAAUACAGCAGUUUAAUACAUCAUCUCUAGAUGCUAUGUUAAGAAAUUUUGAAGACAUACAAGAGAUUGUGAGCCACUUUCUAUGUGAGUGUAACAGUAAACAUUUUUCUGAAAUAACACAUGCUCUACUUACCCUUGUGGCUAAUGAAAAUUCGUCAGAUGAUCUACUACUGGUUGUCAAAGACAUUAUUGACUUUCUGGAACUAUUCCAAAAUAUGUCUAAGGAAGAUUAUACUGAUAUAUUGUUCAUUGAUGAUUAUGGUAGCAGACAAAAAUGGAAUAAUACUUAUACUGCUAAUUCAGUUUUGUUAAACAGUCUCCUUCAUAUAAUUGCUGAUCUUGCUGUUAUAGACGAAGAUCUGCAUGCAAACAAUACUGAGCUUCAGAUAGUUGAGUUCAUUGAUUCAUUUUUUGAUAAUGAGAAAUACAGAGAAGUUUCUACUCAGUCACAAAACAGAACUCUGGAGAUCAUGCAAGAGAUCUUGCAAAUGAUAUUUCAGUUGACUACCGAACAUGACAGGAACAAAAUAACUGUCUUACUAAAGGAUUUCCAGAAGGAUAUAAUGGCAGAAAUGAGAGCACUUAAAAUCUGCAAGAAUCUGCAGAAACAUUUACAACCUGCUGGUGUCCUGCUGUUACAGAAGUUGCAGUUUGCCAUUUUGAAUGUUCUUAAAAUAUUUUCAGAAGAACCAGUUGUCACUGGCAACAUUCUCUGUGUUGUUACAAAGUGUAAAGAGGGAUUAACUAGUCACUUACUCCUCUCUGUUACUGAAGUAAUCACUGUGGUUCAAGAUCAUUAUCAGGACAUUGAAAGAGUAUGGCCUACUUUCAACAAGGGGGAUUGUGAGAGUAUGGCAUAUAUGCACCAAGAACUUUCCAACACCUUGGAGAGCUUCCUGAGAGCCUUGCAGAAUGCCCACAAUGGCAGCUGUGAAUGUCGACUCACAGGGAACAUACAGAGAAAACUGCAAAUGGUGGCUGAAAAUUUGGAGCUGCAAUUGUCAGAAUAUCCAGUGGCAGCUUUUCUCAGCAAUUUUAAUCUUUUGAAUGAUGUGAAAAUCAAAGAGUGUGUGCAGAAUCUUACACGGCUGAGGCUGGACAUUGGGUCUUCUGUCAAUAUUUCUGAAGAAACUGUCAGUACCCUAUUGGAAGCCAGUAUCUCUCAUUCAAAGGUUUUUUACAGUGCCUUUGUGGUAGCUUUAACUGGAAGAUGUGAUGAAGUACUCAGCCUGCUACUAAAGCUGCCUGAAAACAAUAGAACUUCCCUGGUAGUGGAGGAAUUAUGUUCUUUACCAGCACUGGACUUAUAUACUAUGUUUGUACUGAUUAUACAGAAUUUGAACUUACGCCAUAUAAUUUACAAGAUUAAGAUACCAUCUGAGAUAGGCAGUGUAUUAAACAUGCUGCUGGAUGUGGUUUCUAGUAUCAACGCUCUUCUCAAUAAAACCCACCAUGUCAUGGAAAACCUUCCAGGGUUCCUCCAAGGAAUUCAACAUAUUGGUGUGCUUGACAUCUCUGCAUUACAGCAGUUCUUGCAAGGUGGGCAGUUCAGAAGUUCAGCUGUUGGAUCCCUGGAGUCUGUAAUCAAGGCAGUGUGUAAAGAAGAAUCUUCGUUUUUCAGCAAUGCAAACCUGUUCAUUGAUAUGCCCAGAAUCAUGGGACUCUUGGAGGAUAAAAAGGCAAAAUGGGAAGACUCAACUCCUUUUUGCUUGAAGCUUUAUGAGGAGAUUUUGCAGUCUUCUAAUGGGGCUUUGCUAUGGACUUUCCUGAAACCUUUAUUACAUGGGAAGAUACUGUACAAUUCGAACAUCAGCAUGAUUGACCUGGUGAUGGAGAAGGCUAAUUUCACUUUUGCUUUUGUGGAAAAUUUGAAGACUUAUUCUGAGACAUGGCUUAGGAUGUCUGGGGUUUUUAAAACCAGUGGAAGUGUUCUCACGGUCUCACAACUGCAGGGAGCUCUGCAAAGCAAUUUCAUAAAGCACUUUAUAGAAAGCAAUUUGGAUAUUGACAUGGAAAAACUCUUUAAAAAAAUGCAAGUAUAUGAAACUACAAUGAACAAGAUGUUCAACAGCUCAGCAAGUAAACAGAUUGACCUGUUGUCACAGCUUGUAGUAAAUAUCUCUUCCUGUGUGUUGCUGGACCGUUUCCAGCCUUUCGACUCUGUUGAGAAACUGGAAGAGAAGGCUCAUGAACUCAUGCAGCAAAAUAAUUUUUUGGCUAGUAUCAUCUUUGAUACACCAAAGAACAAGACACAAGAUUCUGGCAAUCUCCUUCCACAACACAUUUCAUAUACAAUUAGAACCAGUGUUCUCUAUAGCAUGAGAACAGAUUUGAUUAAAAACCCAGCGUGGAAAUCUCAUCCCCAGAAGUUGCCAGCUGAUGGGUUUAAGUACAAUCAUGUAUUUAUUCCUCUUCAAGACAUGAUUGAAAGAGCAAUUAUUUUAGCACAGACUGGGACAGAUAUCUCAGAGCCAGCCAUUCAGGUGCAAGCCAUGCCUUAUCCUUGUCAUACCAGUGAUCUAUUCUUGAACAAUACAGGGUUUUUUUUCCCACUUAUGAUGAUGUUAACAUGGAUGGUUUCAGUUGCUGGCAUGGUUCGCAAACUGGUUUAUGAAAGAGAAAUUAAUCUUGAAGAGUAUAUGAAGACAAUGGGUGUACAUCCAGCUAUUCAUUUCUUUGCUUGGUUUCUGGAGAACAUAAUUGUAAUCACAAUAAGCAGCUGUGCUCUGGCCAUCAUUUUAAAAGCAAGUGGUAUCUUUGCUUAUAGCAAUGGAUUCAUCAUCUUCCUUUUUCUCCUGGAUUUUGGAGUUACAGUCAUUAUGUUAAGCUAUUUUUUGGGAGCAUUUUUUAGCAGUGCUGAUACAGCAGCUCUGUGUGCCAGCCUUGUGUAUAUGAUCAGUUUUUUACCCUACAUAGUUUUGUUGGUCUUGCAAAACCAGUUGAGUUUCACCAACCAGAUUUUAAUGUGUCUCCUGUCUACAACUGCCUUUGGGCAAGGAGUAUUUUUCAUUACAUUCUUUGAGGGCCAAGAAACAGGAAUUCAGUGGAAUAAUGUGCACCAGCCAAUGACACAUGAAGGAUAUAUGACCUUUGCAUGGAUGUGCUGGAUGAUGUUCUUUGACUCCAUUUUAUAUUCUAUAGGUGGCUGGUAUUUCAGCAAUAUUAUUCCAGGAAAAUUCGGAUUAAAGAACCGAUGGUACUUUCCCUUUACUCUUUCCUACUGGAAGAACCUGUGUGGUGCAGAGAGAAGGAACAGACAUUAUCUGAAAUCUAAUAUGUUUUUCUUCAAUGAAAACUUCCAGGAAAAAGGUUUCACUUUGGAAAUGAGAGUUCCGUGUGUUGAAGGGGCAACAGUGGGUGUCACGCUGCUAUCUCUCACCAAAGAGCACGUGGAUGGGCAGAAGGCUGCUGUUAAAGAUCUCAGUCUCACUUUCCAUAGAGGUCAGAUAACAGCACUCUUGGGACCUAAUGGAGCUGGCAAGACGACAGUUAUAUCACUGUUAACUGGUCUGUAUCCACCGAGCUCUGGUACGAUAAUUAUUAACGGAAAGGACAUACGUACUGAUCUGGCUGCCAUCAGAUCAGAGCUUGGUGUUUGCCCACAAUAUGAUGUCCUGUUCAAUGUACUAACGGUGCGAGAACAUCUACUGCUUUAUGGGUCAGUAAAGGCACCUGGCUGGACAAGGGAGCAGUUGAAUCAGCAAGUCAAUGGAGCUCUGGAAGAUGUGGAUUUAUCCCAACAUCAGUACAAACCUGUUGGAGCCCUUUCUGGGGGAAUGAAAAGGAGGCUUUCAAUUGCCAUCUCCUUUAUUGGAAACUCCAAGACAAUUGUUCUAGAUGAGCCCACCAGUGGGGUAGAUCCGUGUUCUCGCCACAGCAUCUGGGAUGUUCUCCUGAAGUACAAAGCUGGUUGCACACUGAUCUUUACCACUCACCAUCUUGAUGAGGCAGAAGUGCUCAGCGAUCGCAUUGCCAUCCUGCAGCGUGGCCAGCUGAGGUGCUGUGGUUCUCCCUCUUAUCUGAGGGAAACAUAUGGACAGGGACACCGUCUAACGCUCAUAAAAAAGCCCUCUGUGUUUGAAAUCCAGGAUCCUAAGCAUACUCUUCAGGUCACAUCUUUGGUACAGACUCAUAUCCCAGAAGCAUUCUUGAAAGAGAACAGUGGAACUGAGCUGACCUAUGUGAUUCCAGAAAGCACAGAUAAGACCUCUUUUAAAAGUCUUUUUCAGGCUUUAGAUCAAAGCCUUCAUCAUCUACAUGUGACUGGCUACGGCAUUUCUGACACCACCUUGGAAGAGGUCUUUUUGAAGUUACUGCAGGACUCAGAGAAGAUGUCCUGUGUUCCACAGGCAGAAUGCCUGGACCAUACAAGUGGUGCUGAAUCAUCCUAUAUCUCACUUACGAGGGCCUCAAGCAUGCACGGAGCCCAUCUUGUUCUUGCCCAGAUUGUUGCCCUUCUGAUGAGAAGGUUUCACCACACUAGGCGAGACUGGAGAGGAAGCCUGUCCAAUGUGCUGCUACCUGUCCUCUUUGUUGCACUGGCAAUGGCCUUAUUUAGCGUGAAGCCUCUGGCUGUUGAUUAUCCUUCUCUCAAGCUGACACCAAGACUUUAUGACAAUGCAGAAUCCUUCUUUAGAAAAAAUAGUUCAUGUUGGCAGAUGGAACCUGCAUCACUUCAGGAUUCAUGUGGAUGUGUGGUGUGUCCAAGUAUCAAUACGUCUGCUCCCUACAUGAAGAAUAAGAAAGGGCAUAUUUUGUAUAAUCUUUCAGGUUUCCUUGUAGAAGAAUAUUUAGUAAGGCCUUCCAACAAAGCAAGAUAUGGAGGCUGGUCUUUUGGAGGGAGGAAAGCAUCUGAACUUCAGGAUAAAAAAUUGAAUAAUGCCAAAUCCAAGCCUCUGGCUAAGGUGUGGUACAAUCAAAAAGGCUUCCAUUCACUGCCAUCUUACUUAAAUGAACUUAAUAACUUCAUUCUAUGGCUGAAUUUGCCUCCUAAUGUGGAUUGGAGGCAGUAUGGGAUCACACUCUACAGCCAACCAUAUGGAGGAGCCUUGCUGGAUGAGGACAAAAUAAUGGAGAAUGUUCGUCAGUGUGGGGUAGCACUGUGUGUCAUGUUGGGCUUCUCCAUCCUUACGGCAUCUGUUGGAAGUGCUAUAGUGAAGGACAGAGUAUCUGGCAGAAAACGUUUGCAGCACAUCACAGGCCUGGGUUACAAAACUUACUGGCUUGCUAACUUCUGCUAUGAUAUGCUGUUUUACAUGAUUCCAGUCACCCUGUGUGUUGGUGUUAUUAGUGCCUUCCAGCUAUCAGCCUUCACUUUCCGAAAAAACUUGGCAGCCACUGGUCUCCUGCUGAUACUUUUUGGGUAUGCAACUUUACCAUGGAUGUAUCUUGUAUCCAGAUUCUUCUCAAGUUCAGAUGUAGCUUUUAUUUCUUACAUCUCCUUGAAUUUUGUAUUUGGCCUGUGUACCAUGCUGGUGACACUCUUACCUCGUUUGUUAGCUAUAGUUUCCAAAGUGCAGACUUUUCAGAACAUCUACAAUAUCCUCAAAUGGGUCUUCAUUGUAUUCCCACAAUUCUGCUUAGGCCAGGGUUUAAUAGAGCUUUCGUACAAUCAGAUCAAGUUUGACCUGACCAGCAACUUUGGAAUAGACUCAUAUGUGAGCCCCUUUGAGAUGAAUUUUCUGGGCUGGAUUUUUGUGGACAUGGCUCUGCAGGGAACAUUACUGCUUCUUUUACGACUCUUUCUUCAUUGGGAUCUCCUCCAGAAACCAAGGGGUCAAUGUUCAUUUAACAGCAUGGUCAGUCCUUCAGAAGAUGUUGAUGUAGAAAUGGAGAGACAGCGACUCUUUGGUGGAAGAACUGGUAAUGAUGUCCUUCUUCUGUACAACCUCAGGAAGUGUUAUGGAGGUGUCAGUAAGAAGAAUGCGGCUGUGGAAAGCAUAAGCUUGGGAAUACCAAGGGGAGAGUGUUUUGGACUUCUGGGAACAAAUGGAGCUGGGAAAAGCACAACAUUUAAGAUGCUGACUGGAGAUAUCAUCCCAUCCGGAGGACGUGCUGUUAUCAGGACUCCUACAGGGUCUGAAAUGGAUAUACUCUCUGCUAGCUCUGAAGGCAUUCUUAUCGGCUAUUGUCCACAGCAAGAUGCCCUGGAUGAACUUUUAACAGGUUGGGAGCAUCUUUAUUAUUACUGCACACUGCGUGGAAUUUCAAAACAGGAUAUCCAUAAGGUUGCAGAGGACCUUGUUACCCGGUUACAACUCAAUGCCCAUGCUGACAAACUGGUGAGAACAUACAGUGCUGGCACAAAGAGGAAGCUCUCUACUGCUGUGGCUUUAGUUGGUAAACCCCAAAUACUUUUACUGGAUGAGCCCAGCUCUGGGAUGGAUCCCUGCUCUAAACGCUACCUUUGGAAAACCAUCCUCAAGGAAGUUCAGGAUGGCUGUGCAGCUGUGCUAACAUCCCACAGUAUGGAAGAAUGUGAAGCCCUCUGCACACGGCUUGCUAUUAUGGUCAAUGGAAGUUUCAAGUGUCUUGGUUCUCCCCAACACAUUAAGAACAGGUUUGGAGAUGGCUAUUCUGUUAAAGUUUGGCUUAGUAAAGAAAUAAACUAUCAAAGAAUGAUUUUGGACUGUCUACAGAAGCAUUUUUCUGGAACACAGUUUAAGGGACAGCAUCUUAACCUGCUGGAGUACCACAUACCACAAAGUCAGGGAUGCUUAGCAGAGCUCUUCAGAGUCCUAGAAAAUCACAAAGCUCUUCUCCAAAUCAAACACUACUCCAUUAGCCAAACCACAUUAGAGCAGGUAUUCAUUAACUUUGCUACACAAGAGCAAGGAGUCUCACAUUCUUCACAAGAAUCUCCUGUUGGUCAUGACCACCUGCCAGUCUAG